AUGGCUGAGGCCUCUACCAAGAGGUCUCUCCAGUCUAACGGUCAACUACUUCCCAACCAAAAGAUGCGCACAACAUGUAACGCCUGCCAGCAAGCGAAGAUACGGUGUAGCCACACCUACCCAUGUGACCGUUGCGAGAGUCAUGGGUAUGAGUGUGUCUAUUCAAUCUCGCAGCCGUUGGGCCGGCCGGCCAAGAGAAAGAUGAUUCGGCCGGCAGCAGCAGGGGCAGGCAUCAAGAUGCGUAGAAAGGAGGUGGAGGGAGUUGACCGUCCGACUCGGCGAAGUGCGGGGAGGGCACCGAGGCCAGCCCCAGAAGAGAGGGCGCAGAGGGCGCGCAGGGUCCCGAGUCGGAUCCCGAGUCCAACUACAUCGUCCGGCUCGGGUCCCAGCUCAAGGGAAGAGUCGUACAAGAGCGACUCUAGCACCGGCACUGAAGUUACACCGCCAGAGGGAGACUUUCAGUGGUCGAGUUUCACAAAGUUGCUCUCGGAUGUUCCCGGAAACCACAAAAUUGGACAAGGGAUCCAGGACCAAAAGUUCGUUAACGCAAACGAGGCCAAUAACCACGUCGAUCCAGGAUUUUCGGAUACCAGCCUGGAGAGCUCGUUUGAACGAAAUGACGGAUUCGAAAGUUCUGGGGGUCCCCGUUUUCCUGAGCCGCGUGUUGACUAUUCCACACAGUGUUAUACUUCCCACAUCGGUCUGAUGGUCGAUGAACCCCCCAUUGGAGGGUUCCUCCACACCGCUGCGCCGGGCACCCAGUAUGGGUCACUCUUUCGAGGUGGUGCAAUUUACCCGUUCAGCCUCGCACCGAACGCAAUUCAGGUCUCCGGAACAGUACGGGAUCCGGCUAGAAUCAUGGAAUUGCCCUCCAAUGAAAUCUGUCACGAACCGGCAGAUACUGAUUCCAGUCAAUCUCUCCCAUUGAAAGAGAUCGACCUUGAGGCACUGCCGGAAGACGCUUCUUCCCUUCACUGCAACUGUUAUGCCCAGGCAUUCAGUGAAGUCAUGCAAUCGGAGGAGGUGAAUGGGUCGAACAAGAUAUUGCUCCACCUGGAAAGGGUGCAGCAACAGGGAGUGGUCAUUCUUCAAUGUCAAGUAUGCUUUGCUUCAAACGCCAGGGCUAACAUUCUCACCUUAUUAGUCAUGGCGAUUGAGAAAGCGGCACGGGCGUUGAAGGUGAGGGCCAAAUUGGCCACCACCUCGGUGCAAGGGGGGGUUUGUUCCGUGUGGGGAGAGGAGGACAUUAGCCAGAUGCGCCGCUGUCUGUCUCAUCUGUCAAUUAUUGUCCGUUUCAUCCACCAAGAUCUCCACUGUGCCUCGCCUUCAAAAUGGCAUCUGGUGAUGGCGGACGAGACAGAUCGUCGGCUGCAGUCGAUUAUUCGAAUUUUCGAGUGA